UUUGUUCAUCUUUACUUUAUAUUGAUAAUAAAUAAAUUAAAAAAAGGCUCUCUUAAUAUCAUGUCUGAAUUUGAAGGUUGCAAGCUCUACUACUUUGAACCCCUCCUCGGUCAUCCUACCUAUGGACGUGCUGAACCUAUUCGACUUUUAUUAGAAGAUGCUGGUCUCAAAUAUGAAUACAUUAGAAUCGCCUUUAAAGACUGGCCCAAGACUAAAGAAAACUUGAUUGAUAAUGGUUCUCGUGCCCCUACCUUACCUUAUAUAACUACAAAGAACGGGAAGCUUUAUAAUACCAUGGUUGCCUCUAUGAGAGCUAUUGCCAAAACCCUCGGUAGUGAAAAGAAAUAUUAUCCCGAGGAUGCUGAAGACCAAUACUUGGCUGAUGUCUACUGUGAUCUUAGUUUGGAUUGGAUGAAUAAACUUUUAUCCGUUAAGCUUUUCGGACAAGACGAAGCUGCAAAGAAGGACUAUAUGGAUCAAUAUGCUCCUAAACAACUUGCUAACUGGAAUAAUAUCCUUAAUGAUAAAAACGGUCCUUAUCUCUUGGGUGACGAAAUUUCAUACAGUGACUUUUUCCUCUAUAACAUGUUAGAAAAUGAAGGAUUUGUUGACAACUUGGAUGCUGAAAAGUAUCCUCAUCUUGUUACUUUUAUAGAAACUUUCAAGAAUAGACCUAAUCUUAAGAAAUACCUUGCUGCUUAAACAUGACUCAUAAUUCUUAUCAGAAAAGAAAAAAGACGCUUUAAUUUUAAUAUAACUUAUUCCAUAAUAAUAAUAAUAAUAAUAAAAGGUGGCUUAGUCCUCAUUAGUAGAAACAAUACA